AGCGCGCUUACUUGAAUGACAGUCAUCAUUCUAACUCCCUGUUUGCCGCGGGUUCUAUAUCGGACCGAAAAUUUGGUCAACCAAUUCGUAUCGACCUUCGUGGGUCGGCAAAACAGUUUUUCAGCUCGAUCCGCUCAGUGAGUUUAGUGUUUUCAGCCGCGUAACGUGCGAGAAUCUGUAGCAUGUUCGAGUUCUUGAUUCCGUUCGUUUGUCACCACGUACUGCUGAAGAACUUGUUUCAAAUGAAAUGUGACAUGGACCAGCUGCGGAUGAUCGAUCCCAAUUAUGGCGUAACGUGGAUGUUUCUACCGGACGAUCAGGGUAAUCCACACAUUGUGGAUCUGACGAUGCCGAACGAUACCAACUCGCAGGAACGGGCGGGAUCGAACUGCAACAGGGACGUGACGUUUUACUUUUACCGACAAGAAACAAAGAAUAAUCCGACGGCGUUCAAGUUUAUCAACGAUCCGGCGGUUCCGCUGAACGUGAGCGAUUGUUUUGAUCCAAGUCUGCCAACCAAGUUUGUGAUCCACGGAUGGCGAAACUCGAUCAACAGUGCCGUUUGUCAGCAGGUCAAGAAUGCGUACUUGAAGCGUCAGGAUGUGAACGUCUUCGUUGUGGACUGGAGUCCUCUGGCUUCGGAUACCUUCUACUUCCGGUCGGCGUCAGCUACGCGGGACGUAGGUCGUCACGUCGGAGGACUGAUCGAUCGCUUGGUGGCGGAACGUGACUUGGACCUGAACUCGGUACACAUCAUCGGUCACAGUUUGGGUGCUCACACUUCCGGAUUCGCGGGAAGUUCCGUUCGUUCGGGGAAGGUCGCGCGCAUUUCUGGACUUGAUCCAGCUCUACCAGGUUUCACAGAUUCCGCACCGGAUUCGCGACUGGAUCCAAGCGACGCGCGGUUCGUCGAUGUGAUUCAUACCUGCGCAGGGAUGUUGGGCAGUGACGCGAAACUGGGGCACGUGGACUUUUGGCCUAACGGUGGUCGUGCCAAUCAACCUGGGUGUGGCGGAAUGAACGACUUUACCGGGGCGUGCAGUCACGGUAGAUCGUACGAGUACUACUCGGAGUCGGUGAACGCACCCGGAAACUUUAUGGCCUAUCCCUGUGGGAACGAGAACACGUACAAGAACAAGCAGUGUCGAACGGCACCGGUUCCGAUGGGGGACGGAACACCGGUAGAAUCGCGCGGGAACCACUAUCUCGAGACGAAUCCGGAACCACGGUUUGGACGAGGUUUGGAACGGUGAUAAGUAUUGAAAGAACUUCAAUUUGUUGAAUAAAUAAAUAUAAUUCGAUCUGGGAUAAACAUAAAGUUCAAUUAUAUAGUUUUUUAGGAAUAUGAGUAAAAUCGAUCAGUAUUUGGCUCCAAUAAAAUAUUUAAAAACUUUU